AUGAAGAACAAGGGAGACCACAACGAAAUUCACACGGUGGAGGAUCCAUAUCAGGAUUCAGACUGUGGAGAGGGCUUCAGUCAGAGCUCCCAUUCCACUUCCCAUCAAAGAAAUCCCCUUGAGAAGAAACCCUAUCAGUGCUUGGAAUGUGGAAAAACCUUCACUUGGAAACAGAGUUUCGCUGCCCAUCAAAGAAUUCAUACAAAAGAGAAACCCUAUCACUGCUUGGAGUGUGGAAAGAGCUUCAGUCAAAGCCACAACCUCACUUCCCAUCGUAGAAUUCAUACAGGAGAGAAACCGUAUCACUGCGUAGAAUGUGGAAAGAGCUUCAGUCAGAGGGCUAAGCUCACUUCCCAUUGUAGAAUUCAUACGGGGGAGAAACCAUAUCACUGCUUGGAAUGUGGAAAGAGCUUCACCUGGAAAAAGUGUUUCACUUCCCAUCAAAGAAUUCAUACAGGGGAAAACCCCUAUCAGUGCCUGGAAUGUGGAAAGAGCUUCACCAGGAAAGAAAGUCUCACUGUCCAUCAAAGAAUUCAUACAGGGGAGAAACCGUAUCAGUGCUUGGAAUGUGGAAAGAAGUUCACCUGGAAAAUAAGUUUCACUUCCCAUCAAAGAAUUCAUACAGGGGAAAACCCCUAUCAGUGCCUGGAAUGUGGAAAGAGCUUCAUUAACAGCGCCACACUCACUUCCCAUCAAAGAAUUCAUACAGGGGAGAAACCCUUUAAGUGCUUGGAAUGUGGAAAGAGCUUCACCUGGAAAAUAAGUUUGACUUCCCAUCAAAGAAUUCAUACAGGGGAAAACCCCUAUCAGUGCCUGGAAUGUGGAAAGAGCUUCAUUAACAGCGCCACACUCACUUACCAUCAAAGAAUUCAUACAGGGGGAAACCCCUAUCGGUGCUUGGAAUGUGGAAAGAGCUUCAAUCAGAGUGCCCAUCUCACUUCUCAUCGUAGACUUCAUACAGGGGAGAAACCAUAUCAGUGUGCAGAAUGUGGAAAGAGCUUCAUUAGAAAGCACAGUUUCACUUCCCAUCAAAGAAUUCAUACAGGGGAGAAACCCUUUCAGUGCAUGGAAUGUGGAAAGAGCUUCAGUCAGAGGGCCAAGCUCACUUCCCAUCAAAGAAUUCAUACUGGGGAGAAACCAUAUCAGUGUGCGGAAUGUGGAAAGAGCUUCAAACAGAGUGCCCAUCUCACUUCUCAUCAAAGAAUUCAUACUGGGGAGAAACCCUACCAGUGCAAGGAAUGUGGAAAGAGCAUCAUUCCAAAGCACAGUUUCACUUCUCAUCGUAGACCUCAUACAGGGAAGAAACCCUAUCAGUGCAUGGAGUGUGGAAAGACCUUCAUUAGAAAGAACAGUUUCAUUUCCCAUCAAAGAAUUCAUACAGGGGAGAAACCCUAUCAGUGCUUGGAAUGUGGAAAGAGCUUCAAUCAGAGGGCCCAUCUUACUUCUCAUUGUAGACUUCAUACAGGGGAGAAACCAUAUCAGUGUGUGGAAUGUGGAAAGAGCUUCACCAGGAAAGAGAGUCUCACUGUCCAUCAAAGAAUUCAUACAGGGGAGAAACCCUAUCAAUGCUUGGAGUGUGGAAAGAGCUUCACCUGGAAAGAAAGUCUCAUUGCCCAUCAAAGAAUUCAUACAGGGGAGAAACCGUAUCAGUGCUUGGAAUGUCGAAAGAGCUUCACCAGGAAAGAAAGUCUCACUUCCCAUCAGAGAAAUCUUACAGGGGAGAAGCCCUAUCAGUGCCAAGAGUGUGAUCGGAGGGAUUUAUGA